UGGGUCGGGGGGGGUCCGUCCCUCAGGUGCGCGUCUCCCCCCAGCACCAGCUGUACGUCUCCUCGGACGUGGGCCUGACCCAGCUGAGCCUCCAUCGCUGUGGGGCCUACGGCCCGGCCUGCGCCGACUGCUGCCUGGCCCGGGACCCCCACUGCGCCUGGGACGGCCGCCGCUGCGCCCGCUACAGCCCCGCCCCCGCCAGGCGUGUCCGGCGCCAGGAUAUCAAACACGGAGACCCCGUUCGCCAGUGCCGCGGCUUCAACGCCCUGG